UCAUCCUUGAUCGCCAAUGAACGUGCGCGCCCCACGUCGGAGCUGUCUGCUAAGUUUUGUGUACUCAAGAAUGUCUCCGUUCUAACCUCAAAGUCGCGCCGUCCGUGCGAUCUCGCUUGCGAUUUAGCGAUCAAGAAAAUCGCUUGCGACUUUGUUGCGCUUGAGUUACAUAAAAAAGAGAAACUUAGAUUGCGAGAGUCGUACGGCGAAAUGGCUGAUUCGGAUGAGGAGAAUUACGCAACGUUCGGCGUUCCCCUUGACCCCUUGGAUGAAGAGAACAUCCCGCGAAAGAAACCCGUUACUAUCGAGGACCAGUACGCCUAUGAUGCCCAGGGUAGGCGUAGAUUUCACGGGGCGUUUACAGGUGGUUUCUCGGCGGGAUACUUCAAUACUGUGGGCACUCGCGAUGGCUGGAGACCGCAACAGUUCAAAUCUUCCAGGAGUAGCAAGGCAGACAACAUUGUUCAGCGACCGGAAGAUUUCAUGGAUGAAGAAGAUACGAGUCUCUUUGGAAUUGCUCCUAAAGGCAUUCGAGCUACCAAUGAUUAUGCUGAUCAUGGGCAGAGAGGAAAGAAGAGGGAGAGAAUAAACCAAGAAGGCCCUAUUCCUGGUACUCCUGUUUUACAGGAGCUUCUAAAGCCUGUUAAAGAAACAGUGGGUAUCAUCUUACUUAAGAAAAUGGGUUGGAAACCUGGUCAAGGUGUGGGUUCCAGACUGACAAAGAGAGAAAAGCAAAAGCUAAAGCUGCGUAAUGAAAAAUUAUUGGCACGAAAUAAUUCCGAAAUGAUAGGAAGCAAUUCUGAGGAUUCUGAUGAUGAAUCUAAUAUUACAUUUGCACCUGAUGAUUAUGAGCCUUUUCGAUGCAAACCGAAGGAUAACUAUUUUGGCAUUGGUUAUUCUGGUCUAGAUAGGCGGAAAAUUCUUUCUGGUCACAUUGAUCUGUUUGAUUCCCCAGCAUUUUGCGUACAAGAUAAAAAUAAGAAAUUGUCGAUUCACGGUCAGGCGUUUGGAGUUGGUGCCUUUGAAGCUGAUGACGAGGACAUAUAUGAGAAAGAAGAUAUGUCGAGUUAUGACUUUGCCUUAGGUCCUGAACGUAAGACGAAGACGAGAUGGUCUCAAGAUGGACCAAGUAGUUCGCAAACAGAUUGCCUGGAAGGUUUCGUCUGCGCGAAGGAGAGACUAGAGAGCAAGAAAGUUUUUAAACCUCCAGAAUUACCGAAAGACUUCACGCCGAUACAUGCUAUUAGAAAAAGUAGAUUUUACCCGCCAAUUACAGCUCCGGUAGAAAAUAAUAAACGCAAAGAGCCAUUAAAUGCCAUAGAUAGAAUGCGGAUUUUAGAAGAUUCUGACGAACGUUCGAAGAAGCAUACGCCAACGAGUACGUCUAUUGCUUCUAAUAUUAUUUCAAAAACCUUGAAUCUACAUGGUAAACAACAAAUAGAAGAGAGAAGAAAAUUGGAGAGUCAGCAGAAGACGAUAGGCAAUUCUUGGUUGGACAAAUUGAACGCACAAAAUUUUAUCAAAGGCGGCGUUGUCGGUUUCGAACAAGAAAAGGGUAGUUUAAAGAAGUUAGAAGAUUUCAAAGAAUCUUUGUUAACAUUAAACGCGAAUAAAUCGACGGAAAGUGAUUCCUCGAAUAAAAGUGAAACGGCAAAAUUGUUUCUGUCUGAUCCAGAUAAACAGAGACGAUUCGAGCAAUACCUUGUCUUCUCAAAAAAUAACGAGAAAAACAAGCUGGAAAGUAUUCAACCGCUUUCCAUGACCGACUGGGAGAGAGAACAAGAACGCGAGGAAUUCGAGCGAGCGACAAAGCUGGAGCAAUCGAAUAAUUAUAUGGCGGAUAAAUUUGUACAUAGCACUGAUCAUACGAUGGAUAGUACAGACCCACAGAAGGACAUAAAAGAAGCAGUGAAAUUAAAAAUGUUUGGCAAACUCACGCGACAGCGGAGCGAGUGGAAGCCGACGAGUAUCGUUUGCAAGAGGUUCAAUAUUCCCGAACCGAAAGUCGGCUGCGCUCCGACCAUGACGAACCAAAAAUCGACAAGAUUCUCGGUCUUUGAUUCCUUAGAUUGGUGUAGCUCGUCUAAAUUUACGAAAGCUACGGAUACAAUUGAGACACAAGCGGAAGAAAUUCCUCAAUUGUCAAAGAAAACGAAAGAAAAUGUGAACGAAACGGUUCUCAAUAUUACAACCUCCAAUAAUAUUCCGUCUAAUAUCUAUCAAUCUUCAGAACCUGUGUCCGAGAAGUUUAAAAUCUUUGAAGCUUCCUAUGAGAAAAUUUUUGGUAAAGGUAUUCGUAGUACUCCUUCCGCAACAUCAAAAAAUGUCACACAAAAUGAGGAUGAUAAUUUAGGGAAUAAAACAGUUCAGGGAAUAGAAGAAAAGGAAGAAGAGGUGUUAGAACCGGUAUCUGCACUUAAAGACCAAUCAGAUGAGAAAAAAGAUUUGUUUAAGGCAAUUUUCCUCAGUAGCAGCGAGGAUUCUGAUAGCGAGACGGAAGAAAACGUCGACAGCGAAGCUGUCAAAUCGGUUUUGAUCGGGAAAGAUCCAAAAGAGAUAAAUACUCAGCGAAAUACAUCGCCGCCGCGAGGUAUUUUUGCAAAAUUGGACCUUGACAGCUUGGUGACGCAACCGAAACGCGUGAAUGAUGAAAGCACGGCUUCUACAAUCUCGGAAACCAGUUUGCCAGCUACCAAUAAAUCGCAAAACGAUCUCACGGAUCAUAACGAUGUAUCUGAUGACACGGCGACUGCGAUACCACCGGAUAUGUAUGGUCCGGCUCUGCCACAGAGAUUAUUGAAACAGGAGAACCCUGCGAUGACGACGGAAGCCGGAAAUACCAGCCAGUUAUUAAAGCCAGUAUUUCGAAGUGUUGUGGUGUCGAAAACUACGGAGGAUUCGAAACUCGGCGGAAAAUGGGUGGAGCGAGAUAAGGCGAAAAAAUCUAAAAAGAAACAUAAGCAUAAGGAACAUAAGGAAUAUAAAAGCCCCAAACAUAAGAAAAAGUCUAAGAAAGAGAAACGUUCGAAACAUUGACUUUUGUUCACUUUUUUAUCACUUCGAUUUGAAUGAUAUAAAUAAUCAUCAGUUGAUAAUCAUGUGAUGAAAAUAUCUGUUGAAUACGUAAUGUAAUUGUAUAUAAUGUUUGAGAUGCUUUACGUUCGUCCAAAACAAUUCCAUCUAUUGUUAUAUUAAAUAUUUAUACGCUUGUUUCAUAAUACAUACCUCUAUAUCUGUAAAAUAGAUUGAGAAUAUGAUAUUUGAAUUACGAUCUAGAUUUUUAAAUAUACCAAGAAAUCUAUCACAAUUUAUGAUCAGAGAUAUAUACACAAGGCAAUUAAAAUAAUUCC